GCUCAGCCCGGGAAGAUGGCGGCGGCGGGCGCGGGGGGCGCGGGGGGCGCGGGGGGCGCGGGCGGGGGCGCGCUGCCCGCCGACGAGGUGGCCGCGCGCCUGCAGCGGAUGCGCCGCGAGCUGAGCAACCGCAGGAAGAUCCUGGUGAAGAACCUGCCCCCGGACAGCCACUGCCAGGAGGUCCACAGUUUGCUCCAAGAUUACGAGCUGAAGUACUGUUACUUGGACAGGAACAAACGAACAGCGUUUGUCACCCUGUUGAAUGGGGAGCAAGCCCAGAAAGCCAUCCAGACGUUCCAUCAGUACUCCUUCCGGGGCAAGGACUUGGUGGUGCAGCUGCAGCCCACGGACGCGCUGCUGUGCAUCACCAACCUGCCCGCUGCGUUCACGCUCGAGGAGUUUGAAGAACUGGUCCGCGCCUACGGGAACAUCGAGAGAUGCUUCCUGGUCUACAGCGAGGAGACCGGGCUCUCCAAAGGCUACGGCUUCGUGGAGUACAUGAAGAAGGACUUCGCCGCCAAGGCGCGCCUGGAGCUCCUGGGCAAGCCCGUGGGCACCUCCGCCCUCUUUGCACAGUGGAUGGACGUGAACCUGCUGGCCGCCGAGCUCGUGCAUUCUAAGUGCCUUUGCAUCGACAAGCUCCCGAGCGACUACAGGGACUCCGAGGAGCUGCUGCAGUGCUUCUCCAGCAUCCACAAGCCCGUGUUUUGCCAGCUUGCCCAGGACGAAGGGAGCUACGUGGGCGGCUUUGCCGUGGUAGAGUACAGCACCGCGGAGCAGGCCGAGGAGGUCCAGCGGGCCGCUGAUGGCAUGAGCAUCCAGGGGAGCCCCGUCCAGGUUUCCUUCUGUGCCCCCGGAGCACCGGGACGAAGCACCUUGGCAGCGCUCAUAGCGGCCCAGCGCGUGAGGCACAGCAGCCAGAGGGGCUUGCUCCCGGAGCCCAACCCCGUGCAGAUCAUGAAGAGCCUGAACAACCCUGCCAUGUUGCAGGUGCUCCUGCAGCCCCAGCUCUGCGGGCGAGCUGUGAAGCCAGUUCUUGGAUCGCAGCCCAGCUUGCCCCAUCUGAUGAGUCCCUCCGUGGCCCCUGCAUUUUUACAUCUGAAUAAACCUCAUCAGGGCUCCGUGCUGGGCGGCGCCUGUAACUUAUUCCUCCAGAACCUUCCUCCGGUAUCGCUGGCACAGCACCAACUCAUGAAGUUCGAGAACAUCCACGCAAACAACAAACCGGGCUUACUGGGAGAAGCCCCCGCCAUGGUCCUGCAGACAGCCAUAGGGAUCGGAUCAGCGCUGCCCUUGAAGCCAGAGCUGGGCCACCACGGAGAUGCCCAGAAAACGUCCAGCCUGGUCCCGGCCCAGGCGGCCUUCGGUGCCGGCGUGGGGGUUCUGCCCUUCUUCCCCAGCCCGCACCUGCCGGGCCACGCGGGGCCCGGGGGCGCGCAGGACAAGCAGCCGGCGCCGGCGGGACCCGCGGACGGGAGCUUCUCAGGGUCGCAUCUUCAGAGCUUCUCCAGCCUUCCUGCCGGGGGGCUGCUGGCGGGACCCCCCAGGCAGCCCCAGAGCCAGCCGAAAGGCGCGGAGACGAGUCCCGGGGCCGCUGCUAAGAACCAGACGUCGCUCCUGGGAGAACCACCGAAAGAAAUCCGGCUCAGCAAAAACCCGUACUUGAACUUGGCAAGUGUGCUCCCCGGUGUCUGCCUAUCACCCCCUGUAGGCCAAGCCGGUCUGCCGAAGGCUGCAGCCUCGGGCGACCUCCUGGAGGCGAUCUCUCAGGGAAGCGAGCUGCCCGCGCUGGGGAAGUGCGUCACUUACUCCCAGCCUGCGGGCGACUAUGCCCAGGUGUCGACUUUGAGAAACGAGAAACGAGGCUCAGCCUAUCUCGUCUCCGCUCCGGAAGGGGGCGCGGGGGAGCUCGUGGGGGAGCCCCAGCACCCGGGAGUCUACUCCGUGGAAACCUACUUCAAAAAGAAGCGCGUGUACUGACCGGGGGUCCGGCUCGCCCCCGCCUAAGGUUCUCUGCAGUAUUCCUGCUGUUCGUUGCUGCCUUAAGUACAUUCAAACUAGCCAUAUCCUUCCAAUACGGGUUCUUAGUCUCCCCCAAGGAACCGCGCAGCAGGCAGAACUGCCAAACACAAUAGCAAUAAGAGACCAGUGUGGACACUCGCCACUAGAUUAGACGCAUCCCGAUGUCUGUUAACUUAGAGCCCCUGGGAGAAGUCCCGUGUUCCCACAGUCCUUACUUUGGGCCUGGGACUCGUCCCGACACCAUAUAUAAAAGUUUGAAGCAAUAAACGGGGAACAAUGGGAAACGCGUCUUGUUUCCUGAGCCUUAGAAGUCACUUCUUAUAAGCCAAUGUGCAUUUCAUGCGUCCCUGGAGUACUCCCACGUGUAGAUUUUUAGACCUUUCCCGAAAAGAAAAAAAUAAAUAAAUGACACGGGUGCGGUCGGCACGCAGAGAUGCUCAAGUCCUGCGCUCGAACCACGCGAGCAGCCCCGCACUCGGGAGCCGUGUCCGAAGCAUCAGCGUCUGCAGAGGCGCGCCACCCUCUGUGGAACGGGGUUCGAGAGGAGCUCUGGUGAGCCAGCAUACGAGGGUGGGCGAGACUGUCCCCCCAAGUCAGGCCUCCUUCCCCCGUCUUGUGUACUGCCUGCGAGUCAAGAACGGUGUUUACCGUUGUAAGUGGUUGGAGGGAUAAAAACGAGUAUGGGGGGCCGGAGCGAUAGCACAGCAGAGAGGGCGUUUGCCUUGCACGUGGCUGACCCGGGUUCGAUUCCCAACAUCCCACAAGGUCUCCCAAGCCCCGCCAGGAGUUAAUUCCUGAGUGCCAAGCCAGGAGUGACCCCUGUGCAUCGCUGGGUGUGACCCAAAAAGCAAAAAGAAAAGCAUAAAAACCCAAGGACGGGACCCAUCCCUGGACUCCGCCCUGCUCGGUAGGGACGCGGCUACGCUCGUGCCUCCCAGGCAGGGCUGAGGAGCUUUGACAGCGACGAGGCUGCCGAAGCAAUUUACUCUCUGGCCCUUCCCACAGAGGUUUGCUGGGGCUCCUGGCCCUUUCACUGAAGGAUGAUCUUAAUUUCUGCAUUCGGCAAGAAGCCCUAGGUUUCCGCUCCCCGCGCCCCGGCACAGGCCCGCCGUGGUCAGAACCGGUGCGUUUCAGCCUUUCCACACCGGCCAGGCUGGUGCCCACUCACGGACCAAUGGCGGAGAAGCACCGAUGGACUUGACCACAUCCAACCCCAGAUACCUGGAGCAGAGCAGCGAGUGCUUUCUGAGGGAGUCUUAGUACCACUCUGUAACCAUUCUGAGCUGAUCUGGUAUACCUCACUCUCUGCUUGUCUUACUGUUUUUAGGGUGUUAGGCUGAAAAUCCAUAAGCUCUUUAGACCAGUUGACCUUUGGAAGAAUCGUGUAUUGCAUAUAACUUCUGCCCACCUGUUCCUGAAGACUUUGUUGGUAUUAAAUGCAUGAGAGAGGCCCUUUGCCACCUAGAGAUUUUUAAGUUUGUGUCUUGAGACUGUAAUUGAUAAUUCUUUUUUUUGGGGGGGGAGGGGGGGUGGUUUCUUCAUGAUCCUAGUCUUAAAAGUCAAUGUCAUUAAGUAUUGCAAUUUGGGGCAAUUCUUUUUGAUUAUGAGAUGAUGUGUCUCCUGUUGUCUCUUUUGUCUUAAUCAGAGCUUAAUUUUGUGUCUGCUACACAUUUGAUUUGUAAAGAAUGUUCCGUGGUCUAUCCUGUUGCAUCUCUUGGCGUCACAGGGAAGAGGCUGGCUAGACAGGUGCCUCAGAGCCCUGAAAGCCUGUGGCUGUCAGGACACGGCCCCCACAUGCGGGCUGAGGCCCAGGCAUUCCACCGGGCCCAAUCCCCACCCCCCCAUCCCUUCCCGGGUGCGUCAGUCACUCCUCUGCGCCUAUACGCAGCAGGAGACCCGGGGUGAGGACAGAGGCCUGUGUGUGGCCUUUCUCCCUGGCUAGAAACUGACACUGAGAAAAAGGCCCAUUCCCCGCCCCCAGCAACACACACAGUCUACAGUUAUUUUUCUAUAGAAAUCAACUGUGUUACAUGCUUGAGAAUGAAGUCUGACUAUUAAAAGGCAUCUGCAUGUGA